AUGUUCUAUGCCACGUGGCGCCCCACGUUCGAAGAAGCGGCCGUGAACGCAGGCUUCUUUUCCCUCUACGCCAACGAGACCUAUUGCCCCAUGCGCAUCGAAACCAACGUUUACAUUAUCAGCCAGCACCUUGCGACAGUCAAACGCCUCGAACAAGUCUUUACGCGCAAGUGUCUGGACGAGUACAUGGCGGAGUCUCUCGCUGCCCUACGCGUCCAAGCUGAGGCUUUCCUCUUCAACUCUCUCAUAUCUAUCAUCCAACAAGACAUCGGGUCCUACGCCUCUCCCUUUUCUCUCUGGGCCGCACUUUUAGCGCGCCACGAAAAAGCUGGCACCCGUGACCUCAUGAUCUUGUUCGCGAGUCUCACACAAUUUAAGUACACCGAUAUCAGUGCCGAGAUCCUCUUCACUAACCCUCGACGAUCAGAUCACUUGAUCGAAACGGCGUUUCUUCCUGUGAACGCCGAGGCUCUCACGGCACAUGAAGGACAUCUCCAAUUCAAGGUGCGUGAGGACGGUUCCGAAUGCACACCUAUCGCCACCAAGGCUACCAUCCGCAACACCUUGAAUAUCGCCUCUCGUCGCAAUCUCAUCCUAUGCGACCAAGGUUCCGGUGAUUCCAAAUCCCGUCGACACCAAGUUGCUUCUGCUACCACCUACGCUUCGCCUCCAACCGCCUUGGCCUCAACAGCAGCUACCCCAAGCGCCAUCGUGACGACUGUCGACCGCCUUCACGCACUUCUACUCGUCGAUCGUCUCCACAUUCCUCGCAAAGAGGUCGUUCCUCCGCCGCCCCAAGCCCCCUCCUACAUCCGCCUAUCCUCGCCUUUCGUCACCCACCCGUCGUGCUCGUUCAUUGCCUCAACGACGACAAGCCUCUCCACCACGUCCAUCCGCCACUGCUGGAUGGAAUACGUCCCAAACUUUUUAUCCUUCUACCGCCUUUCUUCGGCGCUCUACAUCGACACCGCCUGCGAAACGACAACGCCUUUGCAAUCCCACCUCUCAAUCCCCAACUACCAAGUCAUCAAUCCCGCCUACCCCAAUCGCAACGACACAUCCUCCAACUUCCUCUAG